AUGAACGGCAAUCAAUACCAUACGGCUGCUCCUUCCAAUGGUGCUUCCAAUGGCUCCGUGGAGACUACUCAUGGCAAUGGAUCGGGCUCCAAAGUGCCCGACGUGGCUCCAGCUAAGGCGUACCAUUUCCCCAAGUCCAAACAAGAGUUGAACCAUUUGUUGAAUGAGUAUCAAUAUCUUUCCAAACAAUCGAACGAACUCAAACAACAGUUUGAGCAGCAAGCACAAGACAAUGGCGAGGACCUUAAACCGUCUACAUUUGUUGAUGCUAACAAAGAAUCCAAACUCAAGAUUGAAAGUCUCUUAUUCCAAGUCUCUCAAAAAUAUGAUAGUUUUACGAAAGAAAAGCUGGAUUUCUUUGAUGGGUUAUUGGAAAUGAACCAAAAAUCUGUGGAUGAUAGUGAUUUGGACAAGGACUUGCUUAUGAGGCAAAUCACGAGUUUGCAAUUGUUGUCCAAGGAUUUGGAUUUACCUCAAACAUUACAACAACACUUACAAGAGUCUAUUGGUGAGUCUGAUUCAGAGGAAAUAGAAUUGGCACUGACAGUAUUUGAGGAACUCUUUUCCAGUAAAUAUGAGUACAGUGAUUAUGUUGCCAAGCUUCUACGCUUAGGAAUCGAUGUUUCCGAGUCUUCCAGGUCUACGGAUUCUUUAGGCCCUGCUUAUGACAAACUCGGAGGGUUCUAUCCUGAACACUUGGUUUCGGCCAAAAUCUCCAAUAGAAUUCAAGACUUAGAAAAUGUUCCUUUGAACUUGGGAACAUUAAAGUUUGGUGAAGUUGAUGCCUCCAAACAUUACGAUGAAUUAAAAAUCAAAUCAUUGAUCGAAUUGAAGGCCUUGAAGUUAUUAGCCAAGCAAAAGCAGUUAAAGAAGUUCCUUGUGAAUUAUCAAGCAAACGAAGCUCACACCAAACUUGAGCUGUUGAAGAAUGACCCUUUGAUAAACCAAUCAAUCAGGUCAUUUUACAUUAGAAGCAAGAUUGAAGUUUCCAACCCUGAAAGUUUGGCUAUUAAAUUAGAAGAAAGACGUAAAGCCGACUUGGAGAAAGAACAGCACAAGUUCCGCUUGCAAAAGAUCCAGAGAACCAUUGAAACUAUUGAUGAGUUCAAUGGUGAAAGAAACCUGAGAUUCAACAAGAGACAAACGUUUAUCAAAGCCAUUUCUUCCUUUCAUUCAUUUAUUGAAAAAGAUGAGACUAGAAAGCUGGAAAGAAUCGCUAGACAGCGUUUGCAAGCCCUUAAAGAUGAUGAUGUUGAAGGUUAUAUGCAAUUGUUAGACGAAGCUAAGGAUCAUAGAAUCACUCAUUUGUUGAAACAAACUAAUCAAUUCUUGGAUACUUUGGCUCAAGCUGUUAAGCUGCAACAAAUUGAACUGGGGGUUGAAAUUCCAUUGGAAGCUGGUGCUGAAAAGCCUACUAGCGAUGACGCUGAUGACUUGAGAGAAAAGAUUGACUACUAUCAAGUUGCUCAUAGAAUCAAAGAAGAGGUUAAAGUACAGCCUUCGAUUUUGGUUGGAGGUUCUUUGAAAGAAUAUCAAGUGAAAGGUUUGCAAUGGAUGGUUUCUUUGUACAAUAACAAGUUGAAUGGUAUUUUGGCAGAUGAAAUGGGUUUAGGAAAAACCAUUCAGUCUAUUUCAUUGGUGACCUAUUUGAUUGAAAAGAAACAUGAAGACAAGUUUUUGGUUAUUGUUCCUUUGUCUACCAUCACAAACUGGACAUUAGAAUUCGAAAAGUGGGCACCUUCUGUCAAGAUAAUUGUUUAUAAGGGUUCUCAGAACCAAAGGAGAGAAAUGCAACCCGAAGUCAGAGCUGGUAACUUCCAAGUCAUUUUGACUACUUACGAAUAUAUUAUCAGAGAAAGACCAAUCUUAAGCAAGUUUGAGUACAGUCAUAUGAUCAUUGAUGAAGGUCAUAGAAUGAAGAAUGCAGAUUCUAAGUUAUCCAUUACCUUGAGGACCUAUUAUAAGACUAAAAACAGAUUAAUUUUGACUGGAACUCCAUUGCAAAAUAACUUACCCGAAUUAUGGGCCUUGUUAAACUUUGUAUUGCCAAGGAUUUUCAACUCUGCUAAAUCUUUUGAUGAAUGGUUCAAUACACCCUUUGCCAAUACUGGUACUCAGGAAAAGAUAGAAUUGACCGAAGAAGAAAGUUUGUUGGUCAUUAGAAGAUUGCAUAAAGUUUUGAGACCUUUCCUUUUGAGAAGAUUGAAGAAAGAUGUUGAAAAAGACUUGCCUGAUAAGGUCGAGAAGGUUUUAAAGUGCAACUUAUCUGGCUUGCAAUACAUCUUGUAUGAACAAAUGUUGAAACACAAUGCUUUGUUUGUUGGUGCAGGAGUUGGUAGUAACAAAAGUGGAAUCAAAGGUUUGAAUAACAAGAUCAUGCAAUUAAGAAAAAUCUGUAACCAUCCGUUCGUGUUUGAGGAAGUGGAAGCGGUUUUGAACAGCUCAAGAUUAACAAACGAUUUGAUUUGGAGGACUUCGGGUAAAUUCGAAAUGUUGGAUCGUAUCUUACCCAAGUUUCUUGCUACCGGACAUAGAGUGUUGAUGUUUUUCCAGAUGACUCAGGUUAUGGACAUUAUGGAAGAUUUCUUGAGAUGGAGAGAAAUGAAGUUCUUAAGAUUAGAUGGUAGUACUAAAGCUGAAGACAGACAAGAUAUGUUGAAAGAAUUCAAUGCUCCUAACUCUGAAUACUUUUGUUUCUUAUUGUCUACUAGAGCUGGUGGUUUGGGUUUGAACUUACAAACAGCUGAUACGGUCAUUAUCUUCGAUACCGAUUGGAAUCCACAUCAAGAUUUACAAGCUCAAGAUAGAGCCCACAGAAUUGGUCAGAAGAAUGAGGUAAGGAUCUUGAGAUUAAUCACUAAUGAUUCCGUUGAAGAAGUGAUCUUGGAGAGAGCUCACCAGAAAUUAGAUAUUGAUGGUAAGGUUAUUCAGGCAGGUAAGUUUGACAACAAGUCUACAGCCGAAGAACAAGAAGAGUUCUUAAAGAGAUUAUUAGAAGCUGAAGGGUCUGGUGAAGAAACUGAAGAGAAAAACAUGUUAGAUGAUGAUGAGCUUAAUGAUGUUUUGGCUAGAAGUGACCCGGAGAAGGAGAUCUUUGCAAAGAUGGAUAUCGACAGAAUGACACGGGACAAGAUGAAUGGAAUCCAAACAAGGUUGAUCCAAGCGGCUGAGUUACCCAAGAUCUUUACCGAAGAUGUUAGUCACCACUUUGAGAAGGAUACGAAAGAGCUCAGCAAAAUGAGAGUCAAAAAGAGAGUAAGGUAUGACGACGGUUUAACCGAAGAGCAAUGGCUUAUGGCUAUGGAUGACGACAAUGACUCGGUCGAAGCUGCUAUCCGUAGAAAGGAAAUGCGUGCUUCUAAACGAAGACGGAAAAAACUCAAUGGAGUUUACGGUCUCGAUGAUGACGAGGAUGAAGGCGAAGAUGAUGAGGAUGAAGAUGGUGAGUACGAAACCUCCAGAAGAAAGUCACGUCGGUCGGCUACUCCAAAUUCGUUCAAAGAAGAAGAUGAGAAUAUUGCAGAUGAAGAUGAGGAAGACGAAGUCGAAAAUGCCCUUCAAAUAGAAGGAAAUCGUAUCCUCGAACAAUUGGAUGACCUCGUGGCAGAGGAUGGUCACAAAGUUACGGAGGUGUUUGAAAAACUUCCAUCACGUAAACUUUACCCAGACUACUAUAAGAUUAUCCCCAAGCCCGUUUCAAUUAAUCAGAUCUCCAAGAACUUAAAAAGCAACAAGUACUUCGACAUCAGCGAGAUGAAACAAGACCUCCUUACCAUGUGCAGCAACGCCAAAACUUAUAACGAAGAGGGCUCGUGGAUAUAUACUGACGCUGACACCAUUGAACAGGUUGUUAAUGGAGUUUAGAUUUAAUAUAGAGUUUGUGUAUCUUCCAA